CCAGAUCCUUUACCCACUGAGUGAGGCCAGGGAUCGAACCCGCAUCCUCCUGGACACUAGUCGGAUUCUUUUCCCCUACACCACAACGGAAACUCCUGUUCUUGACUUUCCACUCCUGCUCCUGAGUACACCUCUGGCCAGACAGGCGAGGAUGUUGCUGCAUGUAGAGUGAGGGGCACCCCGGAGAGGUUAACUCCAUUUCAGAUGGGCUUCUGAAUCCGGGCCAGGUCUUUUUUCUCUCCCUCCUGGGUGAGGGGGCUCUUGGGCUGGGCUAGUGGCCAGGAGCCCAUAGUAGGUCCCAUUGCCAGUCCCACCUGGACUGGAGGAGUGGAGCUGUGCCGCAGGUGGGGAGGAGAGAUGAAGUCAGAGGAGCCUCAGGCCCUGCAUCCUCCUCCCCCAUCCUGUUCCCGGCCCUCCCCCAUUCCUCCCAGGCGCCUAUGUUGGGGGCGGGAGUGGAGGGGGUGGGUAGAGGCAGGGUUGUUUGUGCUUCUCCUAAGCCAGGAAGUUGUGCGGAUGAGUCAAGGUUGAAUGGAGAGCCCCAGGCAGUGCUGUCCCGCCCCACCCUGACUCACCUGUCUCCCCCUCCCACCAAAAUCUUCAUGCCCUCACUUAAAAGUCAGGGACCUGCUUCAUCCUGGGGGCUGGGGGGAUCCCUUUGGCCACUGGUCUAGCAUCCCGAAAGCAGGCAGGGGGCUGAAGUUCUACCAGGUCUGCCCAGGUCUCGGCCCAGCCAAAAGGGUUUGGUUCCUGUGGAGGAGGGAGCUGCAAUCCCUCUCUACCCUCCAAGGGGCAUCUUUGCCCAUCUCUAAUAUCCUUGCUUGUCCUGGGAGCCUUGUAGCAUGUGCGAGUGAUAAGACCCUGGCCUUGCCUGGGGUGGCCGGGCAUCUUGAGACCAGCGGGUGGAUACAACAGGUGCACAGUAAUUGAUGCAGAGGCCCCAGCCCAGGGUCCAGAGGGAGCUCUUCGGUCUGAAUGUGGACAAGCCAGGAAGGCUUCUUGGAGGAAGACAAGGGCACAGGAGCCGCUGCGUCAGCCCUUUCUUCUCCCUCAGAUGUCAUGGAGCUGGGUCUGUCUCCGUCUCAUCUCAGCAGCUCCCCGGAGGACCUGUACCCCGCCCCUGGGACCCCUCCUGGGACGCCCCCAUCUCCCGAUGUCCCUCUGUCUGGGGAGGUAAAGAGGUCCCAGCCUCUGCCCAUUCCGACCAGCAGGAAACUUCGAGAGGAGGAGCCGCGGUCAACCUCUCUACCCGCCAUCCCCAACCCCUUCCCCGAGCUCUGCAGCCCUCCUUCACAGACCCCCAUCCUUGGGGGGCCCUCCAGUGCAAGGGGGCUGCUCCCUCGAGACGCCAGCCGCCCCCACGUGAGUUGUCCUGGGAAAGAGAAGGCAGGGAGCGUGGGGUGGAUGUAAGUGUCACUUUGGAGGAGGUGGGGGGAUUUGGUCCCGGGUCCCCGAGGGUAGAGCAGAUGGGGGAAGGGAAAGGGCCACGCCUUGCCCCUCUGGAGCCGUCCGCCGUUCCUGGGAUGCAGGUUAUAAAGGUGUACAGUGAAGACGGGGCCUGCCGCUCGGUGGAGGUGGCGGCGGGCGCCACGGCUCGCUACGUGUGCGAGAUGCUCGUGCAGCGGUCUCACGCCCUGAGCGACGAGAACUGGGGGCUGGUGGAGUGCCACCCCCACCUAGCACUGGAGCGGGGCUUGGAGGACCAUGAGUCAGUGGUGGAAGUGCAGGCUGCCUGGCCCAUUGGCGGAGACAGCCGCUUUGUCUUCAGGAAAAACUUCGCCAAGUAUGAACUGUUCAAGAAUGCCCCACACUCCCUGUUCCCAGAGAAGAUGGUGUCCAGCUGUCUGGACGCCCACACGGGCUUGUCCCACGAAGACCUCAUCCAGAAUUUCCUGAAUGCAGGCAGUUUCCCAGAGAUCCAGGGCUUCCUGCAGCUACGGGGCUCAGGACGCAAGCUCUGGAAACGCUUCUUCUGCUUCCUACGCCGGUCUGGCCUCUAUUACUCCACCAAGGGCACCUCCAAGGAUCCGAGGCACCUGCAGUAUGUGGCCGAUGUGAACGAGUCCAAUGUGUACGUGGUGACCCAGGGCCGCAAGCUGUACGGGAUGCCCACGGACUUCGGCUUCUGCAUCAAGCCAAACAAGCUUCGAAAUGGCCACAAGGGCCUUCGCAUCUUCUGCAGCGAGGACGAGCAGAGCCGUACCUGCUGGUUAGCUGCCUUCCGCCUCUUCAAGUAUGGGGUGCAGCUGUAUAAGAAUUACCAGCAGGCACAGUCCCGCCACCUGCGCCCGUCCUGUGCAGGUUCCCCACCCUUGAGGAGCGUCUCGGACAACACGCUGGUGGCCAUGGACUUCUCCGGCCAUGCUGGUCGUGUCAUCGAGAACCCCCGGGAGGCUCUGAGUGCCGCCCUGGAGGAGGCCCAGGCCUGGAGGAAGAAGACGAACCACCGCCUCAGCCUGCCCACCCCAUCCUCAGGCACGAGCCUCAGUGCAGCCAUCCACCGCACCCAGCCUUGGUUCCAUGGACGCAUUUCCCGCGAGGAGAGCCAGCGGCUCAUCGGGCAGCAGGGCCUGGUAGACGGGUAAGGGGCAGUGCUGGGCCGGGCAGAGACCUCAGUCGAAGUGGCAGCCCUGUGUCUUUGGGUCAUGGUGCCCUGUCUCCUGGCAGCCUGUUCCUGGUCCGAGAGAGUCAGCGGAACCCACAGGGCUUUGUCCUCUCUCUGUGCCACGUGCAGAAAGUCAAGCAUUACCUUAUCCUGCCAGUGAGUAGUCCCGGGUUCCUGCAGUGGAGACACAGGACUGCCAGCACCCUGUCCUCCUCUCAGGCCCUCUCAAGAGGCAUCCCCUCCCUGCCCCCCACCCCACCCCCCACCCCCGGGUCUGGGAUCUCCUGUUCUUUGCUUUCUCCUGCGAAAGCACUGGGGGACUUCAGCCCUGGCCCAGGAGGGAGCUCCCGCAGCCUGGCGCCCCUCCCUGACCUGCCACCCCUCUGGCCGCUCACCCCAGAGCGAGGAGGAGGGUCGCCUUUACUUCAGCAUGGACGACGGCCAGACUCGCUUCACCGACCUGCUGCAGCUCGUGGAGUUCCACCAGCUGAACCGCGGCAUCCUGCCCUGCUUGCUGCGCCACUGCUGCACCCGUGUAGCCCUCUGAGCACCAGGCAGGCGGGCCCGCGCCUCAGCCACUCCAGGCCACACGCCGCCACCCCUCCGCAUAUAGGAUGGACCCGGAGCAUGAAGAAGGCAGGGACAGGCUCACCGUGAAGACCCAGGACCUGGGUGUUCUCUGCUCCUUGCCUCUUUCAGGCCGAAGUGCCCCCCGCCCCCAGCCCCUCGCCUCAUCCACCCUCGCCUUCUCCUUAAGGGAGGGCCCUGGGGUGGACCCCUCCCCUUCACGGAGCUCCCGGGCACCGCUCUGGGGUAGGGCAUUAUGGGAGAGAUGGGGGCAGCUCAGGUGGUCUUUAGGCCCCACACUUUGUACAGACCGAGAGGCCAGUUGAUCUUCUCUGUUUUAUACUAGUGACAAUAAAGAUUAUUUUUUGGUACA